UGACAGAGGUGCGCUUGCGUGUGGAGGGUGACGCAGCUCCUUAUUGCGGAGCUGCAAGCUUUCGCUUUCGUUUAUGCGGAAGUACCAGUGUUUAAAGUAGCGAGACAAGGUUUGGUGUGUUUUGAAGGAAGAAGAUCAAAAUCUGAAACAUGGCCACUGGACAGUCCGUGGACGAGUCCGAGCCCAUGGAUGUCGACAGUUUUGACAGCGACAAACCUGAGGACAUGAGCCAAGUGAAUAAUUCUGCUGUGAGUAAAAGCCAGCAACGUUCAACACCUAGCCACCCACCUGCUGCAGAUGAAGAUGAAGCUCACAUUGUUCUCUCAGUGAAGUGGAUCUCAGUGAAGUGGGUCUCAGUGGAGCCUGAUGAUGAACUACAAAAAGUUAAGAAGCUAGAGUCUCGUCUACAGAAAAUGCUUCAGUCUUGGAUCAACAAACGCAAAACUAUGACGGAAUGCUCAGUGAAAAGGACCUUAGAUAAUGGGCAUGUUGUGAUAAGCAUUAAACCAGCUGCAGCCGUGAAUGAACUUAAAAAACUUAGUGAAGAAACACUAAGCAAGGAUGAAAAUUCAGUCUUGAUAACAUCCGUCAGUCAGCUAUAUCCACAGCUUGAUAGACAAGUACUAGAGGAUGCUUCAGUGAACCUGCCAGAGCCACAAACUCAGCAAGUUCAACUGGAGAAAAAGAGUAAAGCAGGUUCUACAGCUGGAGAAAAGAUGUGCGCUUCUUUCAUACAAGAGCCACAACAUGACCAAGUUCAGGCGGGGAAACAGAGUAGCGCAGUUUCUGCAGGUGAAGAGAUGUGCACUUGUUCUGUCCCAGUGGCUCCUUUCUGGUAUGUGAACCACAUGUACGAAAAGGAAAUCAAACAUAUAGAGAAAAAGAAUGGAGUUCAAAUAAAGGCAGACGUUAAGGUGACAUUUGAAGUAGAUAGAAAACAUGGGAACCCAGACAAUGCGCUCAAGGAGUUUGAAAACCUUUUCCAGAACAGCUUUGUUGAAUCCAAUGGCUCAGUUAUUCCUCUCAAGUUCAUAGAUCCAGAUCAGUGGAGUAAUGCACUGAAAACCAUCCAGGAAAAAGAAGACAAGCUUUUGGUUACUUUGACCUCUAAAACAAUGACUGUACGUGGGCCAGCACAUAGUCAAGAUGUUUUCAGUAAGUUGUUAAAUGCAGAUACAGAACAGAAAAGAAACACAGAUGCUUCUCAUGAGUUUCGAAAGACAUCACUGAAGAUUGACAUGACCACCAAAGACGAUUUCCCACAUGCAGGACUGAUCAUCGAGAAGACCUUUUGGAUGACUAUCUAUGAUAAUAAGCAAGUAGCAAGGAUCAAAGAUAAGUUUAAUGUGGAAUUGAAAGAAUAUGACAUUGGUCAUGGCAAAGUCAAUGUCAAAGCUUUCUACCAGAAAGAAGGAGGAAAUGCCUCAAUGGAGAGCCACGCUCUAAGAGCACUUCUCUGUCUAUACCAGAAGUUUGUUGCGUCCCCCAAGAGUUCAUUCCAGUUCCAUGGUGCUACUGGAUUCAGUGGCACACCCAUUUCUCAGUCAGAGGGUCCCCCCAAUGAGCGUAUGUUGAAUGGCCAAUCAGAAAAAACGAAGCACAACACUGACCCACCAAUUGACAGUGGGACAACAGCAGGUGACCAAAAGGACGAAAGGUGUCCUAUAUGUUUGGAUAAAUUUGAAAAUAAGAAACAGCUCAAGUGCAAACAUGAAUUUUGUAAAGACUGCCUGAGACAAGCGCAGGAAGCGAAUGGGCCCAUCUGUCCUAUAUGCAGAGUCGUCUUUGGUAAGAUAGUCGGAGACCAACCACAUGGAACAAUGUCACACCAGAUACUCACAUUUCCCCUCCCUGGAUACUCAGACUGUGGCACCAUAACGAUCCGCUAUGAGAUUCCAAGUGGAACACAGACGGAAAAACAUCCCAAUCCUGGACAGCGCUUCCAUGGUAUUGGUAGAACAGCAUAUCUUCCAGACAACAAAGAGGGCAAUGAAGUGCUGCGACUGCUGAAAAAAGCUUUUGACCAGAAGCUCAUUUUUACUGUUGGUACAUCCAGAACAACUGGUAUGGACGGCCAAGUGACCUGGAACGACAUUCACCACAAAACAUCCACAUCUGGAGGACCAGAUUGCUUUGGGUAUCCUGACCCUAAGUACCUGAGCAGAGUCAAAGAGGAGUUAAAGGCCAAAGGCAUUGAGUGAAGACUUUGAUACAAAGUGCAGGUGGAUUAGAUCUCAAAGAGGCUAAAAACAAGAUUACUCUUUAAACAGACACUGAAAUUCAAACACUCUGUUUUGCUCUCUUUUCUCUGUUAAUUCUUCAAAUGAUCAGUAGGGGUUAGAAUUUACUUUUUUCAUUAGCCACAUAUAUUAUCUUCAAAUAUUGGGUGAUUACAUUUUUUUGUUGAUUGUCAAAAUUUUCAUCAUGUAACAAUAUAAAAUGUAGAUUUGCAUAAACACAGAUUUAUAUAAUCUCAGGUCUACAGUGCUGAUGGUCUGAGUUGCUGUUUGCCUAAUAAAUGAUUAAAUCCUC